AGAACAUUCUGGACCCAUCCCACUGUAUAGCAUGUUCCUCACUACCACCCGAAACGUCUAGAGAACUACAUAAUCUUCUGGCCAAAUAUAGAUCCAACAAGAGCGUGUUCCUUCUCGAGCGUGAACGUGUAGUGAGUGUAACACAGAACGGGCGGAAGGGUUGGACAUGUUUGUUUAGCAACAAAUAUCCCGUACCUAACCUUCCUGGUAGAUCCAGAACACAUGGCAACACCGAUACUCUGGUUUAACAUUUUCGUGGUUGCUACAACGGAUGCAACAGCCAAUAUGGAAACAAUUAUACCGAAACACAUUCCCAGUCAGGAACUUCAGACACAGAAGGCACCUGUAUUUUCUGCUUGUCAAUUCCAUGGUUUACAUCGCACACUUUGAGGAAGCCAAUCCGAGGCAAGGUUUUAUUUUUUUUAAACUACAUUUCCCGAAAUGCAAAUUUACACAUCAACAGAGGACGUAGAAUGCGUCCAGCUGUGAAUAUGGACUGACCUUCUCGCGGUGUCGCCUGCCUGGUUAACGUGGAUGGCGCUCGGGUUGUACGGGGGCGCUGUGGUGCGGUGUGCGCUCCGGGCUGUCCUGACUCCCCCUCGAGGCCCCUCUGCUGUCCGUCAGCUUAGCCACACCCCCAAGGGGAGGGGCCUGAGGGAGAGCUACCGCCUCCUGCAGCUGCCUGAAGCCCCGCCCCUCAGCCGGGCCCAGGUGCAGGAGGCCUACCUGCGAUUGGCCAAGCUCUACCACCCCGACUCGGGCACGCCCACCGCCAACCCAGCCCUCUUCUCCCAGCUCCAGGACGCCUACCGGAACGUUCUGGCUCACCUCGCCGUGCAGGAGGAGGAAGAGGAGGAAGAGGAAGAGGAGGAGCCGAGGGGUCAGAUGGCCCAGCACAGGCAGUACCUGAGCUACGAGGGUGUGGCCUUGGGCCCGCCCAGCCAGCGGGAGCGCGUGUACCGGCAGCGCCGGGCGGACCGGGCCGCGGAGCGGGUUCUGCAGUACCGCCUGCGGGAGCAGGAGCGCGCGGCCGCCGCGGCGGAGGGGGCAGUGGCGGCUCCAGAGGGCGGGCGUGGGCGUGGCCGGCCGGCCCGGAUCACGCAGGCCGUGGAGCGCCUGGUGGAGGACCUCAUCCAGGAGUCCAUGGCCCGUGGAGACUUCCAGAACCUCAGCGGCGCCGGGAAACCACUCGCCAAGUUCGACUACAACCCCUACGCCGACCCCGCCACCCACAACCUCAACCGCAUCCUCAUGGACAACGGCUACCAGCCGCAGUGGAUCGCGGCGCAGAAGGACAUCCAUGCGACGUCGGAGAGGCUGAGGCAGGGGCUCCUAGGGUGCAGGGCCGGGUUUGGGGAGCCCCCGACCCCCUCGGAGCAGGCCCGCUGGGACGAGCACUGCCGGGCCUUCGCCCAGAACCUGGCCCGCCUCAACAAGAUGGUGGACGACUUCAACCUGAUCGUCCCACUGCUCAGCAAGCAGAUGCUCCACUACAGCCUGGAGCGGGAGCUGAGCCGAGCCCUACGCACCGACCGGGAGAGGAGGGAGAGGGAGAGAGAGAGGGAGAGGGAGAGGGAGAGGGAGAGGGAGAGGGAGAGGGAGAGAGAGAGAGAGAGAGAGAGGGAGAGGGAGAGGGAGAGAGAGAAGAUGGAGGAGAAGGAGAAGGUGAGGGCGAGUGGGCAGGGGUUCUUAUCCUGGGUACAAAGCCUGCUGAAGUGAUAACAAUAGCUGCAUUUUCAAUCUCCAUGGAAACUCAUUCUGCACUGCAGCUCAGCAAAUAGCAGGACAAUAUAUAAACACUACACAAAUAAUAAACACAAAUAAACACUCAGGAACACUAGACAACACGAGUCCACGAGUCGUCAGUCGUACAGAAAUGAUUACACUGACUAUGGAAUUAGUUGUUGAAAUGACUGAUAAGCCAACUGAAAUGAUAAUACUGUGAUUUUCUCAUAGGUCUGUAACAGAGAUGUUGUAAAUACAUAUUUUACAGUGAUGGACAUCAGAGACAUGACUCAUGUCAUCUCUUUCUAUGAUCACAAUUAGUCUGUUAAGAUUUAUAUAUAUAUGUGUGUGUGUGUGUGUGUGUGUGUGUACGUACGCGCGCAUACGUAAGAGAGCAUGUGUGAUUCAGCAGUAGUGUAUUUUGGAGAAAGAAGACUGCAUAGAGACAUCCUACGACAUCCUAAAAUGGCACAUGAAGGCAAUUCAAGAGCUCAAACAUAUUGAAUCAAUAUUGCUCGAAAAAUAGAUCAUUACAUUUAUAUAGCGCUUUUCUAGACACUCAAGGAGUGUACAGUGAUGAGAGGGAAACUCACAACCAUCACCAAUGUGUAGCACACACCUGGGUGAUGCAACGGCAGCCAUUUUGCACCAGAAUGCUCAUCACACAUGUUUUUGCAAUGUUUUUGCUAGUUAAAUCGAGAUGAUUAGGUGGCAGAUUGAAAGGCAGGUUGGCUCUUUCAGGGAACCCCGUACUCUUUGUGAAAAGUGUCAUGGGAUCUUUAAUGAGACGACUGCUCUUACCUCCUGAGCCAAUGAGACGACCGCUCUUACCUCCUGAGCCAAUGAGACGACCACUCUUACCUCCUGAGCCAAUGAGACGACCGCUCUUACCUCCUGAGCUGAUGUCUACCCAUCAAAUAACCCAGGAAAUUGAUGCUGCAUAGUAUAAUAAUGUGUGUGUUUUAAAUGUGUCCCUGUGGUUCACGUAUGGCUUUAUUGUCAGUCAUUCGUAUGGUCCAGGGAGGGUUAGGGUCCAGGGAGGACCUGUUGUUUUCUUCAGCCAUGUUGGAAGAGUGAGUACGUCACACAUCUAGAAUCCCAAUUUCCCCGACUUGAUCAUCCGACACAUUCAGAUGUUCAUGUGGAACUUUCCGGUGGAAACCUGGGGCAGUGCAGUGCAGCGAGGGGUGUGUGUGUGUGUGUGCGCUUGUGUGUGUGUGUGUGCGUACAGUGCAUCCGGAAAGUAUUCACAGCGCUGCACUUUUCCCACAUUUUGUUAUGUUACAGCCUUAUUCCAAAAUGGAAUAAAUUCUUUUUUUUUUUUACACACAACACCCCAUAAUGACAACAUGAAAGAAGUUUUGAAAUUUUGAAAUGUACAUAAAUGUACCUUUGCUCAAUACUUUGUUGAUGCACCUUUGGCAGCAAUUACAGCCUCAAGUCUUUUUGAAUAUGAUGCCACAAGCUUGGCACACCUAUCUUUGGGCAGUUUCACCCAUUUCUCUUUGCAGCACCUCUCAAGCUCCAUCAGGUUGGAUGGGGAGCGUCGGUGCACAGCCAUUUUCAGAUCUCUCCAGAGAUGUUCAAUCGGAUUCAAGUCUAGGCUCUGGCUGGGCCACUCAAGGACAUUCACAGAGUUGUCCUGAAGCCACUCCUUGUGAUAUCUUGGCUUUGCUUAGGGUCGUUGUCCUGCUGAAAGAUGAACCGUCGCCCCAGUCUAAGGUCAAGAGCGCUCUGGAGCAGGUUUUCAUCCAGGAUCCAGGAUGUCUCUGCAUUCAUCUUUCCCUCAAUCCUGACUAGUCUCCCAGUUCCUGCCGCUGAAAAACAUCCCCACAGCAUGAUGCUGCCACCACCAUACUUCACUGUAGGGAUGGUAUUGGCUAGGUGAUGAGCGGUGCCUGGUUUCCUCCAAACAUGAUGCCUGGCAUUCACCCCAAAGAGUUCAAUCUUUGUCUCGUCAGACCAGAGAGUUUUGUUUCUCAUCGUCAGAGUCCUUCAGGUGCCUUUUGGCAAACUCCAGGCAGGCUGCCAUGUGCCUUUUACUAAGGAGUGGCUUCCAACUGGCCACUACCAUACAGGCCUGAUUGGUGGAUUGCUGCAGAGAUGGUUGUCCUUCUGGAAGGUUCUCCUCUCUCCACAGAUGAACGCUGGAGCUCUGACAGAGUGACCAUCGGGUUCUUGGUCACCUCCAUGACUAAGGCCCUUCUCCCCCGAUUGCUCAGUUUAGACGGGCGGCCAGCUCUAGGAAGAGUCCUGGUGGUUCCGAACUUCUUCCAUUUACAGAUGGUGGAGGCCACUGUGCUCAUUGAGACCUUCUACAGACAAUUCCUUUGACUUCAUGCUUGGUUUGUGCUCCGACAUGCACUGUCAACUGUGGGACCUUAUAUAGACAGGUGUGUGCCUUUCCAAAUCAUGUCCAAUCAACUGAAUUUACCACAGGUGGACUCUAAUUAAGCUGUAGAAACAUCUCAAGGUUGAUCAGUGGAAACGGGAUGCACUUGAGCUCAAUUUUGAGCUUCAUGGCAAAGGCUGUGAAUACUUAUGUACAUGUGAUUUCUUAGUUAAAAAAAAAAAAAAAUUUGCAAAUCUCAAAAAAACUUUUUUCAUGUUGUCAUUAUGGGGUAUU